UGACCAAUGUAGGGGGAAAGAGUUUAGACGUGCAACAGGAGGCCGGAGCUGGGAAGGGCGUGGGGAGGAGGCUUUCGCCACAUGAAACACCUCUUCUUCUGCACAGCAGGGGUUUGUGGAGCCCGGCUCCUUGGCCUCUGUGGUAAACCUUGGCUCCUCUUCUGGCUCUGAUUUCUUCUUCCCUCUGUGUCCUUUAGACUCUCCCUGUACUCUCAAGACCUUGCCCAAGAUGUUUCACCAAAGCAAAUCAAAUAAUGUCUCCUCUUUCUGGCCAUUCCCUCUUCCUCAGUCCCGUUCAGGUGCCCACAGACACCACAUGAAUUCUCUGCUCCAGCCCCAUGCACUGCACCAGGAUCCUUCUGGAUAAGGCUGCCUGAGUGCCCCUUCAUGUUCCCACCACACACCGCGGCCAUCAUAUACUCUGUUUUAGGCUUCCCAACCCUUUUCAUUCAAUUCUUUCCUAGCUAGGUGUUUUAGCAACAGAAAGCAACUCCCAGGCUGGGCUUUACCUCUCCUCUCCCACUCCCCAUAGAGAAAUCAUCUUUUUGGUCUGUGUUAUCCCUGCAGACAACAAUAACAGUGAACAAAAGCAAAACAUGGUCGGAUUCAUUGCUUUAGGUUGCAAAGGCUCAGGCGAAGAUUUGGUUCUCUGGCUCAGUCUGUGAGCCUGCCACCUAUCCUAGUUCUGGAAGACAGUCUGCCUCGAAGGCUGCAAACACAGGCAGAGCCCAGGCUGGAGACAGUGAGGGUCACCACCUUGAAAAGGACAUGUGCUGACCCUUCCUGAGGCAGUGGAGUUACAAGGAUGUGGAGUUAGUACGGCCAAGCUUGCUCGUCUUGCUACUGUAUUGUGUAAGUUUCACAGGGGGUUGGGGCAGGGAGCAGGAAGAAGGAAACAAAAGGUACUUAUUAUAGUUCAGGAAAUAAGAGACAGCCUCUGUCAUUUUCCAUUUCACAAAGUGUUCUAGAAUUUUACCGGUGGUCUUUUGUGACAUUGCCACCAGGUGGAAUGGUGUGCAGAAGACAAAGGCAUGGUCAGUGUCCCAUUUCUCAUUUCAUCGGCUAUGAGCUCCAAGGAAGAUCCAUCAUUUCACUGCCAUCAGCAAAGGACGCCAUUACCCGUGGUGCCAAGACACCUAACCAAAGGCUGGCCUCAAGAUUAUGCUAAUUAACUCCAGGUCCCGGGUCUCCUGUUGCCUGGUGACAAAGUUUCACAGUCGAGGAGGAGGAACUGGCAUGAACAGGAGCAUAUCUUCUAGCAGUUUCUUGUGACUUUUCCCUCAAACCGAUCACCAACCAAUCAGAACAACACACUCCAAACAUACACCCUUACUAAAAGAACAUGGCCAAGGGCGGGAAAGGCUCCAAGGGCAAGAAGAUUACCCUUAAUGUGGCCAAGAAUUGUGUCAAAAUUACACUUGAUGGGAAAAAACGCCUUGACUUGAGCAAGAUGGGAAUUACCACCUUCCCCAAGUGUAUCCUGAGACUGAAUGAUGUGGAUGAGCUCGACCUUAGCCGGAAUAUGAUCAGAAAGAUCCCUGACUCAAUCUCCAAGUUCCAGAACCUUCGGUGGCUGGACCUGCACAGCAACUACAUCGACAAGCUCCCUGAGUCCAUCGGCCAGAUGGCUUCUCUGCUCUACCUCAAUGUCAGCAACAACAGGCUGACCACCAAUGGGCUGCCUGUAGAACUCAAUCAGCUCAAGAAUAUCCGCACUGUGAACUUGGGUUUGAACCAUCUGGAGAGUGUGCCCACCACGCUGGGUGCUCUGAAGGAGCUCCAUGAGGUGGGCCUACAUGACAACAUGCUGAGCACCAUCCCCAAAAGUAUCUCCAAACUCCCCAAGCUCAAAAAGCUCAACACAAAGCGAAAUCCCUUUCCCAAGACAGAGGAGUCAGAUACAUUCAUAGAUUCCAUCAGGAGGCUGGAAAGCUUGCAUCUGGUGGAGGAGAAGGAUCUCUGUACGACUUGCCUGAGAAAAUGCCAACAGGCCCGGGACAAGCUGAACAAAAUCAAGACUAUGGCCGCAGCAACACCAAGAAGGGCCAUCUUUUCUAACCUGGUCUCACCCAACUCCAUGGCCAAGGAUUCACAGGAAGAUUGGAGGAUCCGAUCAACAUCUCCCUAGAAUAGCUUUAUGGCAAACCCUUGAAGAUUAAUCAGCCAACAAGAACAAACGACUCUGAAGAAGAAAAGCCCUCGGUUAGGAGAAGAAAGAGUGGUAAGGGGAACAUUCUGGAAGCCAGGCUGUCUGGUGCUGGCCAAGAUACUGACUCGCUUCUUAAAUUCACUUUGCCUCUCUUUGAUUUAGACCAUCUGUGUAUGAAAAUGACUUUGGGAAAUACUUAGUGUAUUUUUUUAUGCAUAUAGAGGAAAUGUUUAAAAAAUGAUAGAUAUAAAUUAUAGAAAAUUAAAGUUUUAAAAGAAGACUUUAAGACUUAAAAGACAUGGUCUCUACACUUCUUUUGAACUAGUAGAACUCUCUAUGCUAAUCGCCUGUGGUAAGUUACGUACUUAUAAUGCAAUACAUCUGAAACUAAAAUUUACACAAAAGAUUCAUACAAAGAAAUAUACUUAAAAAUAUGAUAGAUAAAUAAAAGUAGAUUUUAAUCAUUCAGUAAUGCACAGGUAGGCAAAGAAGGAAAGAAAGAAAGAAAGAAAGAAAGAAAGAAAGAAAGAAAGAACAGAAAUGAACAACAGGGGAUAAGUAAACAAGGAAACAAAAUAUAAAACAGCAGAUUUAUGUCCUCACAUUUCAAUAAUUAUAUUAAACGUAACUAGUCUUCUUUAUUUGCCAUGGCCCCAAACUAGAAACAACCAAAUUUCUCUCAAUAGGCAAAUGGUUAAACAAACCCUGGUAUAUCCAUAUCAUGGAUACUACUGAGCGAUAAAAGGGAACAUAUUAUUGAUACAUGCAACGAUGUGGAUGGAUCUCAAUAGCAUUAUUCUGAGUGAAAAAGGCCAGUUUUCACUGUGGGUCACAUACUCGAUGAUGCCAUUUUUAGAUCAUUCUCUAAAGAACAAAAUGAUUGAGGUGACAGAUCAGUGGUUGCCAGGCGUUAAUGCUGAUGAGGGGUGGUACAGGGUGGGCAGGACCAUAAAAUGUAGCUCAAGAGAUAGCUCUGUGGCGAUGAAAACAAUUGAUUAUGAUGAAAGGGGUAGUGGUUAUAGAAUCCACACAUAGGAUAAAAUGACACAGGACUAUGCACACAUAUUGUACCAAUGUCAAUUUCCUGGUAUCGAAAUUGUACUAGAGUUGCAUAAGAUGUAACAACCAUCAGGGGAAAUUAAGAGAAAGCUGUACCGGGACUCUAUGUACUAUUUUUGCAACUUCCUGUGAAUCUAUAGUUAUUUUAAAAUAAAAAAAAUUUUUUUAAACAAUCUUGCAGCCCAGAUGCAGCAAUAAACAGAUCCUUAUACAUCAGCCAAGUGCUAAUUUAUGAGUAAAUAUGACAAGCUUAAUGUUCUGCAACCAUCCCAAAGAGCUAAGGCAUUUCAGGAGAAAGAGUACCUUAACCUCAGUUCACCAGAUAAUCUAAAAUGAUCCACUGUUGAUUUUAUGCUUAAAGAUGCUACACAUAAUAAAAAGAAAAUGUGUGCCUUCUCUA